AUGAGGGAAAGAGCUCCGGCGAUAUGGACAAAUCCAGAACCGGCAAGAUGUGAGCUUUGUGGCCGUGAAAAAGCAGUGAAACCGGUGAUUGCUGAACGGAAAAUUAAGAGUGAAGAUUGUGGAGAUUUCAUUGUGCACAAGAACGUUUACAACAAGGAGCCAUGGUUGCUUGACCAUACAGUGGAUCCUUUUUUCCAAAAGAACGAGUGGUACUACUUUGUGACAAGAACUCAAGUCUCCGAGAAGAAGAUCGGUUGUGGUAAGAAGGCGAAGUGGAAGAUCUUUGGAAGAUCCGCCGCGCUCCGGUUUUCUUCCGGUGGUUUGGCUCCCUCUACUUCGGAGGAGUUGGAAGGCGUGUUUAAUGGUUGUUCUGUUAUGGGUAUUUGGACCUGGUCAUCCACGACUUUGAGGACCGGCUAUUUGCUCUCCAGCGAGGACCUUGUUGACUCGAUGACUUCCUCUUUUAGCGGCUAUCGUGGUUUUAGUUUCACUUCACCUUGUCCGUUUUGGGCAUUGGAUUGCUGCAUUACCGGUAUUGGUUUUCUGAUCAUCUGCAAAUACUUUUGGAUUAAAUUAGAGGGUGUCGCUUUUCUGAGAAUUUGUCCGGAUUUAUCCUUCUCGCUUUCAUUGUUGGUUGGAGGAGUUAGUACAACCAUUGUUUUUGUGGAUUCUCUUGCUAUGUGUCAUAGUAGCGUUAGUGAGAGGAGCUUAGCUCUUUGGCUCAUCGUAGUUUCGUCCAAGUUGUUUUCUCAGAUCACAGGAGAUGACAAUGGUGGCAUCGACCGCGGAAAGUGGAAGGCGAACGCGACAACAGAUAUCAAGGACAAGAAAACAGGGAAGACAAUUGGGGUAAAGCAAACCCUAACUUACACUAGAAGCAACAACAAUAAGAAGCAAAGAGUGGAGAUGCUUCUUGUUUUUCUUCCUCGGAGAAGCAGCCAUCCUGAGAUCAACAAGUCCAAGAACCAGGAAGCUUCUUCGAGUGCUCCUCUUGUUUCUCUUGGACACGAGAGUUCUCUACCAAUAGGAUCAGGAGAAGAAGCUAAAGAAGAAAAAGGAAGAGACUGGAUUAAAUAUAUGGAUGCACCUGUGGAAGAAGGUCAGUUAGAACCUACGUUGCAUGCAAACGUGAAAAAAGUGGCGUUUCCGUUUCGAAAAUGUUUCGGAAACGCGCGGAAAUACGAUGGAAACGCGUUUCCUAAAUAUCCCGAUUUGGAAAUGUUUUGGAAACGUGUUUCCACAGUUGAAAACGCGGCCGGAAAUGUGUUUCCAAAUUAG